GUAGGAGCCGAGGUGUCGCUGCAGGUUCGCUCUUCCGUGCGCUAGGCUUGGUGGGAAGGCCUGUUCUCGAGUCCGCGCUUUUCGUCGUCGCCAUGUCCGGAGGUGGUGUGAUUCGUGGCCCGGCAGGGAACAACGAUUGUCGCAUCUACGUGGGUAACUUACCUCCAGACAUUCGAACCAAGGACAUUGAGGACGUGUUCUACAAAUACGGCGCUAUCCGCGACAUCGAUCUCAAGAAUCGCCGCGGAGGACCACCCUUCGCCUUCGUUGAGUUCGAGGACCCGCGAGACGCGGAAGACGCGGUGUAUGGUCGCGACGGCUACGAUUACGAUGGAUACCGUCUGCGGGUCGAGUUUCCUCGAAGCGGCCGCGGUACCGGCCGAGGCGGCGGCGGGGGUGGAGGUGGCGGAGCACCCCGAGGCCGCUAUGGCCCCCCAUCCAGGCGAUCUGAGAACAGAGUGGUUGUCUCUGGACUGCCUCCAAGUGGAAGCUGGCAGGAUUUGAAGGAUCACAUGCGUGAAGCAGGUGAUGUAUGUUAUGCUGAUGUUUACCGAGAUGGCACUGGUGUCGUGGAGUUUGUACGGAAAGAAGAUAUGACCUAUGCAGUUCGAAAACUGGAUAACACUAAGUUUAGAUCUCAUGAGGGAGAAACUGCCUACAUCCGGGUUAAAGUUGAUGGGCCCAGAAGUCCAAGUUAUGGAAGAUCUCGAUCUCGAAGCCGUAGUCGUAGCAGAAGCCGUAGCAGAAGCAACAGCAGGAGUCGCAGUUACUCCCCAAGGAGAAGCAGAGGAUCACCACGCUAUUCUCCCCGUCAUAGCAGAUCUCGCUCUCGUACAUAAGAUAAUUGGUGACACUUUUUUGUAGAACCCAUGUUGUAUACAGUUUUCCUUUACUCAGUACAAUCUUUUCAUUUUUUUAAUUCAAACUGUUUUGUUCAGAAUGGGCUAAAGUGUUGCAUUCUUGUGUAAUAUCCCCUUGCUCCUAACAUCUACAUUCCCCUCAUGUCUGGUAAAUUGUAUUUUAAGUGAUGUCGUAGACAGGAUUGUUUAAAUUUAGUUAAUUCUCCAUUCUCUUCAGACUGUGAUAUUGUGCAAAUGUCUAUUCUCUGGUUUGUGUGAACGGGGAUAUUGGGGAUGUUUGUGGUUAUCUUACCUGGGGAAGUUCUUAUGUUUAUCUUGCUUUUCAUGUGUCUUUCUGUAGACAUAUCUGAAGAGAUGGAUUAAGAAUGCUUUGGAUUAAGGAUUGUGGAGCACAUUUCAAUCAUUUUAGGAUUGUCAAAAGGAGGAUUGAGGAGGAUCAGAUCAAUAAUGGAGGCAAUGGUUUGGAUUGGAGAGGGCUCACUGGAUCCCAAUCCUUGGAGCUGGAUCAUUGGAUUCAAAUCAUAAUGUGGAUAGGAUAGGGAGGAUGAAUUACAAGGAUUCAUGGAGCGGGAUCAGAUUACCAGGAACAUAGGAGUGGAUUCCUGCCCCAACCAAACCGCAUUCGUGUGGAUUUUUUUUUUUUUUAUUCAACUUAAUUGGCUAUUCCAAAGAUUUUUUUUCUUCCUAUUUUUGACGAUUGGAGCCCUUAAGAUGCACGAUGGAAUUGUGUUUUGCAUUUUUUGGUAAAAGGAGCAAAGCGAGGACCUGGAGAUAUACGCUGGAGCAAUCUCCUUGGAAGGAUUCAGCACGAGUAGAUGGUAAACACUUAAAGGGGAAAAGGGGGGGGGGUUUGUUUAAAAUAGUAAAUCAGUAAGUCAUUUCUAAAUUUAAAGAAAACGAAAUUGGAGUUGAAGAAUAAGUAGGUUUCCAAUUGGCUGUUGCCAUUUUUCUUUUGAAAAAUAAACGUUUUUUAAAAAACAAAAACAA